ACACUUCAUUUGACUUGGUAGAGUAGCAGUAGCACUUUCGUUUUAAGUCCAAUUAAAGCUUAUUUAUAUGGUGAAGAAUGAAGCAAUCAUCAUAUUUUGACGGUCAGUGAAUUUAAUACUAGACCAACUCAAAUUUCUCUUAUCAGAUUGUACAAUUUUCUUGAUUUUUCAUUGACCCCAUAGACAUUAAUUAAAAAGUGACUCUUAAAUACUAUUUAAGUGAUUUAUUUAAGCGUAACUUACCAGGCUUCUGUCAUUUAUCCCUGUUCUAUAAUCCUGUUUUCAUUCAUCUUCUCCUGAUCAUAUGUAAUCUUUUACCAUAAUGCUGCUAACUCAUGAUUCCUUACUGCUGACAUGGUGCUGAAUAACGGUGAGCUGUCCCAUGAUUUCAAAAACUCAACUGUUAAUUGAACUGUUAUUUGCUUCCAUUUCAAAACCAUUUCACGAUGAUAAUUCGAAUUUAUAAAAAAAAUCAUAUCAACAGGUCAUUGUAUUUCAUUUGCCGUCACAUUGACUGGCACAUGACAUAAUUCCCCAUCCUGAAGUGCUUGUAGCUGUUUCAUUGCAUGCUAAUGCAUUACCCUCCAGAUGAUGCAUUAAACCUGCAACAUGAUGCUCCAGUAUGUUUCACAACUAAGCAAAGCAAGGCCAAUUUCUGCGAUUAUCCCUCGUGUCUGAUGCUGGAGGAUUCCUGUCUUACCAAUGGACUUUUUUUUUAAUUCAAGGAAGUUUAUUUUUUGAAUCUUUUAUUUUUUUACCCAAGGGAAACCACAUUUAAUCUUGGAAAUCUACUAAUAAAGCAGUUUUUUGAGGAAGAGGAGACAAGCUGAAGGUGAAAUGUGAGAAAAUAAAAGCUGUCUUCUCACCUCUAGGCUUUCAGAUAAACCUGUCUGGAGCUCCCCCAAGUAAGCCAAACCUCUUUUGCUUCAGCAUCAACAGUUCUCAUCCCUUUGUUUCCGACUGACAGUCUGGUAUGGGGGAGCCUGUCCUGCUGUUCUCAACUAAUCCAAGACCCUGCUCUGACCCGGAAUUAACAUCUGUCCUGAGGGUUCCGUUCACAAGUUCAGGUGUAAAUGCACCUGAAUGCGUCCUCGAUGCACCUUGAGAUCUGAUCAGUCAGACAGUAAAUGGUCUUCAUAUAGCGCUUUUCCAGUCUUAUCAACCACUCAAAAGGUCGUACACUGCAAUCCACAAUCAGCCAUUCAUACAGUGCUGUUAUAUGCUAUCACACACCAUUCAAACACUCACACGCUAUCAUAGAAGAGCUGUUUCUCUCGUACCGGCACACACACACAACACGUUGAAAACAGACACAUCUGUAUACUCACACUGGGAAAAUACUACAAACUGUAAAUAAAGGUGGACGGCAUUUAUUCAGGACACAUUUUAAUGUCUUUUGUGAACAGACGAGCUUAGAGCUGACCACUGGUGAUUGAAUCUCUCAGGACGGAUGUUACCACCAGGCCUGAACUGGGCCCACGUCAAGACUUACCAUUGGUUCAAGAAGGCUUGUGCCGGUUGCUAAUUAGUCAAUAUUUAAUAUACGUGCCAAGUAAUGAAGACUAAUAAAGCAGCAGCUUGUCUCUCAGUUUAAUAUAUAUAAGUUUGACUUAAAUACACACUUAAGAAACUCUGCUGCAUAAAAGGCAAUUGUUUGUCUUUCUAGCAACUUAAGGUAAAGAGUAUUUGUUCUCAUCGGCACAAGCCUAAAAUCAGAGCUUCCAUUGAUACUUUGGCUCAAUAUCCUCCCAACUGAUGUUAACUCAUCGGUGUGAUCAAAAAUCUCUCCUUACUAAAGACAAGAAGAGACUGAAAUGGAAGCUCUACCUCACUGGUUUCCAGUGUGUCACUAACAAGCAGAAGUAGUGCCUGUAGUGUGGUCACAUAACAGUUUUAUACAUUUUUUCAACUGGUGUGUCUUUUUCUUUUUGGCAUGGGUGCACUUUGAGCAUAGCACUUGCUUGUCGAGACAAGGUACACACACUCAAAAGUUGUCAUUUCAACUGAUGUUUUCCACUGAAGCCGACUGGAAUUCAAACACGCAUUCUUGUGGUAUUUUGGGUGGAGCGAGCGGGGAAAACGCUGUCCUACAAUUCAAGGUGUCUGGGAUUUUAGCAGCAUGCUGCAUUUCUGUUUCUGCAUCAAUUGAAGGAUUCACAUGUAAACGCAAAGCCCUGAAGUUGAACUUUGCCAACCCGCCGAUCAAACCCACGACCAGGUUCACGCUGAACACAGCGGGGCCGCCUUUCCAAAACCCGCACAUAGAAAGGCUGAGAACACACAGCAUCGAGUCAUCAGGAAAAUUGAAGAUUUCGCCGGAGCAGCACUGGGAUUUCACUGCAGAGGACCUGAAAGAUUUGGGCGAGAUUGGCCGAGGGGCUUACGGCUCUGUCAACAAGAUGGUGCACAAGCCGAGUAACCAGAUUAUGGCCGUCAAGCGAAUUCGUUCAACGGUUGAUGAGAAGGAGCAGAAGCAGCUGCUGAUGGACUUGGACGUGGUCAUGAGAAGUAGUGAUUGUCCUUACAUCGUGCAGUUUUACGGUGCUCUGUUCAGAGAGGGUGACUGUUGGAUUUGUAUGGAACUUAUGGCUACCUCGUUAGACAAAUUUUACAAGUUUGUAUAUUGCUCAUUAGACGACGUGAUUCCGGAAGAAAUAUUAGGAAAAAUAACAUUAGCUACUGUGAAAGCGCUUAACCACUUAAAAGAAAACUUGAAAAUAAUACACAGAGACAUUAAGCCGUCAAACAUCCUCCUGGACAGGAACGGCAACAUAAAGCUGUGUGACUUCGGCAUCAGUGGUCAGCUGGUGGACUCCAUCGCCAAAACCAGAGACGCGGGGUGCAGACCAUACAUGGCACCAGAGAGAAUAGACCCGAGCGCCUCCAGGCAAGGCUACGACGUGCGCUCAGAUGUUUGGAGCUUGGGAAUCACACUGUACGAGCUGGCCACAGGACGGUUUCCUUACCCAAAGUGGAACAGUGUGUUUGACCAGUUGACCCAGGUGGUGAGAGGAGACCCUCCACAGCUCAGCAACUCGGAGGAAAGGCGCUUCUCGCCCACGUUCAUCGCCUUUGUCAACUUGUGCCUUACUAAGGAUGAGUCAAAAAGGCCAAAGUACAAAGAGCUACUGAGAGACGCGUUCAUUCAGAUGUACGAGGAGCGCACGGUCGAUGUUGCCAGUUACGUCUGCAGGCUCAUGGAUCAGAUGCCAACAUCUCCCAGCUCCCCCAUGUAUAUGGACUAAAAACACACAAAUAUAUGAAUAAACAUGCACCAGUCUGCAACAAUAAAGACAUUGAAAAAAAGAAAAGAUAACAAAGUAGACAAAACAAUUCCUCAUGUAAAUUUGCUUGGUCCCUUAUUGCAGUGUUAAGAGAAUUGUAAAGCCUAAAAGAUAAAUAAACACCACUUGCAGCAAAAGUGGUGGAAAUUUCAGUCAUGUCUGUAUAAUAUAUAAACGUUAACACACCUCUGUUUCUCUCUUGUUCACAAGCACUGACGCGCAGUGUAAGUAUAAUAGCAGCUGAAUCAAUCAGUCAAUCAUGGAUGCAUCUUGGUGAUUAGUAGUAACAAAAAAACAAAACUGCCUGGAACUUGUAUUUAUGGAAACCAAAAUCAUGUGGAGUUUCUGAUGUGGAGAUUCUUCAACAUACUGGAAUCAUGCUCUUUGUGAAUUGUCCCACUUCUUCCAUGUACGUGAAUGAAAGCAUCGUGUUUGGUAUCUUAAUGGAACUUUGCUUCUCUGGGUGUAAAGCAGUUUAAAAAGGUGAACGUGUCGGUGGUCAGAAUCAUGUUAGACCUGUAUAACAGUCAGUGCUCACUGUGCAACAAACGAUAUGCUGAUAUAGGAAUAAAGAGAGGGGAAGGGAAA